AAAUCAUUCAUCAUGAAGUCAGUUCUCUCCCUAGCUCUUUUUGUAGCUUCUGCUUUCGCUCAGGGCGCUGUAAUUGGAUACCCUCCGCAAGGUCUUUCAGUCUCUCCUGGAAGCAAUUUAGUUGUUCAGGUAGAGAGACCUGAUACAUUGACGGGUUCUGUGGAAGUUGCUGUCGUCAUUGGCAUACAGUCAUGCCCAGGAACGCCGUGCAUUAACCCUGCUGAUUACAUGGGUCAAAUUUUGUACAACGGUCCCUUCGACCCACAGUUCCAUGAGACAUACCUUCCCCCUUAUGAAAACUUCACAGUCCAAAUUCCGAGUAGCAUUGCCAGCGGAACCGCUCUUCUUGGGGUUGUUCAUGUCACUCUUGUGGGAGCUUCGGCGGGCCCUUUGAUGGAGAUCCUGAACCGCACCAUCACAAUUUCAUGAUCAUGUUUCUCAUUUCAUCGUUAUGGACCUUUUGGGACUAUUUGGAUAUAGACGCUGUAUCGCACGCAUACUACAUAUAAAUUGGUUGGUAGUACGUGUUUCUGUAAUUCCUAUGAUGUCCUAUGUCCUAUUCAAGUGCUUACGAGUUCUCGCGAUUGUGUUGCAUGUCAUAAUGUCACAGUGCUGCAGUACAUAGUACAAAUCGUCGAACAUAUGUUUCCUUUCAUGUGGCACUAGUAGUGACUACGAAUUCCGAGGUGCUCCGGAUACCCAAAUUAGUUCAUCGGGACGGACCGUCACGGACGGUCAUUUCCAAGUUUACCUGUGACCCCCACGUAGCCUAUUUUCGCAUUCAUCGUCACAUAGGACGAACGACUAUC